AUGAAGAUAAACGCAGAGCACGGUCUGUCUUUGAAGAGCUACGAUGACCUUUGGCGUUGGAGUGUCUCGGAGCCUGCACUGUUCUGGGAGCGGAUAUGGCACUACACAACGAUCAAGUCUCAUAAACCAUAUGACCGUGCCCUCGACUCUGAUCAAGAUCUCUUCCCUAGACCCAACUUCUUCGAAGGUAGUAGACUGAACUUCGCUGAGAAUCUUCUCUACCCAGCUAGCGUGCUCGGUGAGAAUGAGGUGGCGAUAAUCGCUGCUACGGAGUCGGAACGAGAGUAUGUUUCAUGGAAAGAGCUGCGUGAACGCGUCCGGCAAUGUGUCAACUCACUAAAAGGAGCGGGCCUACAGUCCGGGGAUCGUGUGGCAGGGUUUCUAGGCAAUCAUACCAAUACCGUUGUUGCUAUGCUGGCGACAACUUCCAUAGGAGCAUUCUGGACUGGCGUCUCCCCAGACACGGGUGUGCACGCAGUGCUAGAGCGCCUGAAACAGAUAGAACCGAAGAUUCUAUUCGCCGACAAUGCUUCAUUAUAUAAUGGCAAAGUGCAUGGGGCAGAGGCUAAAAUCCGCCAAAUUGUUCCAGGACUGCCAAACCUGGAGCUGCUUGUUGUAUUCGAGACAAUCAAGUCACACCGGAUCAAUCUUGAGGAGCUGUCACCUAUUCAGGGAAAGGUAUCUACGUACGAGUCUUUCCUCUCUGCCGCCAGCAACCCUUCGGCUCCCCUCGAAUUUGCAAGCUUAGAGCCUGGUCACCCGGUGUAUAUAUUAUACUCUUCCGGUACGACAGGGGCACCUAAGCCUAUUGUUCAUGGAUCGCUUGGAACCUUGCUGCAGCAUAAGAAGGAACACAUGCUCCAUUGCGAUAUUCGCCCUGGAGACCGCUUGUUCUACUUUACUACUGUCACUUGGAUGAUGUGGCAUUGGUUGGUCUCCGGGCUUGCUAGUGGUGCCACCAUUGUUCUGUACGAUGGUUCCCCCUUUCGGCCGUUUGACUCUGAAGGCGGGAAUGGAGAGAUGGCCAUGCCACGUCUAAUUGAUGAAUUGAAGAUAACCCACUUCGGAACUUCGGCAAAGUACCUGUCUAUCUUGGAGCAGGCUUCCCUGAAUCCGCGAAAGCACCUCCACCGGCCGGUAACACUGCAAACCCUGAGAGCGAUAUUUAGCACUGGCUCUCCGCUGGCGCCCUCCACAUUCGAAUACGUCUACUCAUCUAUUCACCCUGAUAUUAUGCUGGGUUCAAUCACUGGUGGAACUGAUAUUCUGUCCUUGUUUUGUUCCUGCUGCCCUAUCUUGCCGGUUCACAAGGGUGAGAUUCAAUGUCGCAGCCUAGGCAUGGCCGUUUCUGUAUACGACUAUGCGGGCAACGACAUUAGUGCUUCUGGCGAACCAGGCGAUCUCGUCUGUACAAAGCCUUUCCCUGCACAGCCGGUCAUGUUCUGGCCACCUGGGACUGUUGGUGCAGAGAAAUACCGCAAGAGUUAUUUUGAUGUUUUCGGACCAUCAGUCUGGCAUCAUGGAGACUUCGUGCGCUUGGACCCUCGGACUGGAGGGGUAGUCAUGCUAGGUCGGAGUGAUGGCGUCCUGAAACCGGCCGGAGUUAGGUUUGGAAGCGCAGAAAUCUACAAUAUUCUGCUCAAGCACUUUGCAGAGGAAGUGGAGGAUUCCUUGUGCAUUGGACGGAGGCGAGACGGAAUUGAUGCAGAUGAGACUGUCGUCCUUUUCGUGAAGCUAGCAUCGCAGGAAAAGACCAUGCCGCAGGAACUCGCGGGACGUAUUCAAGCCACUAUCCGCAAGGAGCUCAGCCCUCGGCACGUCCCGGGUAUAGUGGACGCUUGUCCAGAGAUUCCAGUCACGUCCAAUGGCAAGAAAGUCGAGAAUGCUGUGAAACAGAUUUUGUGCGGCCUGAAUAUCAAGAUCGGCGCCAGUGUUGCGAAUGCCUCUUGCCUUGACUGCUCUCCCCAACAACACAAGGAGCACCUGAAGUCAAUCUCCUCCGAACUUAUUGAAUUCAAGACUGACAAUAUGCGUCGCUCAGUAUUGCGGGCAGUUGAGUCCGCGAAGCCACUCUCUCGCGCCUCUCGUUCUGUUUCAAGGAGCUUCGCUACUGUCAAUGAGGCCGGUUCCAAGGAUCCUGCUGAGCUCGACCAGAUCACCACCUUGCCGAAUGGAAUUCGUGUCGCUACUGAAUCUUUGCCAGGACCCUUCUCUGGUGUUGGAGUUUACGUCGACGCUGGUUCCCGAUACGAGGAUGAGAGCCUACGAGGAGUUAGCCAUAUUAUGGAUCGACUAGCAUUCAAGUCGACCAAGAAACGGUCUAGCGACGAGAUGCUUGAAGUUCUUGAGGGUCUUGGAGGCAACAUUCAGUGCGCCUCUUCGCGAGAGUCGCUGAUGUACCAGUCUGCCAGUUUCAACUCGGCUGUCCCAACGACUCUGGGCCUUUUGGCUGAGACAAUUCGUGAUCCGCUCAUCACAGAAGAGGAGGUGCUCCAGCAGCUGGGUACAGCUGAGUAUGAGAUUGGCGAGAUCUGGGCUAAGCCGGAGCUUAUUCUGCCGGAGCUGGUACAUAUGGCCGCCUACAAGGACAACACGUUGGGAAACCCACUGUUAUGCCCGGAGGAAAGACUAGGAGAGAUCAACAAGGCGGUUGUGGAUAAAUAUCGCGAAGUCUUCUUCAACCCUGGCAGGAUGGUCGUUGCCUUCGCCGGUGUGCCGCAUGAUGUAGCUGUCAAGCUCACGGAGCAGUACUUCGGUGACAUGCAGGGGCAAAAGUCUAACAAGGGUCCUGUUCUAUCGGGAACCGGCAUUGAAACUACUUUGUCGAACUCCAAGUCGGCUGUCGAAGAAGGGCAAGUGCCCACAAUUCCCCAGUUCACGCCGUCGUCCACCACAUCGACCACUCCUGCAUCCCCAAAGUCCGAGUCCAGUCUUCUCUCAAAACUUCCAUUCCUCAAGAAUCUUUCCGGGUCGCAGAACAGCUCCAUGUCACCAUUGGAUCCUUCCUUGGUGGAACCGUCAACAUUCAACUUGACACGCCCUUCUCAUUAUACUGGCGGUUUCCUUUCUCUUCCUCCAAUCCCUCCUCCGGCGAACCCCAUGCUUCCUCGCUUGAGCCAUAUCCAUCUCGCCUUUGAGGCUCUUCCCAUCUCCAACCCUGACAUCUAUGCUCUCGCGACUCUCCAGACACUGCUUGGUGGUGGUGGAUCAUUCUCCGCAGGCGGUCCUGGCAAGGGUAUGUACUCACGCCUUUACACAAACGUGCUGAACCAGCACGGAUGGGUUGAGAGCUGUAUCGCUUUCAAUCAUAGUUACACCGACAGCGGAAUUUUCGGGAUCUCUGCCUCAUGCAGUCCGACACGGACGCCCGAGAUGCUCGAGGUCAUGUGCCGCGAACUGCAGGCACUGACUCUUGACAACGGUUACUCUGCCUUGCAGGCCCAGGAAGUCAACCGUGCAAAGAACCAGCUCCGCUCCUCUCUUCUCAUGAACCUGGAGUCACGAAUGGUCGAAUUGGAGGAUCUCGGACGCCAGGUUCAGGUGCAUGGUCGGAAGGUUGGUGUGAAAGAGAUGUGCGAUCAUAUCGAUGCACUGACCGUGGAGGAUCUGCGCCGGGUUGCCCGACAGGUUUUCAGCGGUAACGUCCAGAACAAGGGACAAGGCACCGGUAGGCCAACUGUGGUUCUGCAGGAAGGCGAACUGGAGGGAUAUAACUUCGUUCUUUCCCAUGGGAGGAGAUCCAAGAAAGGAUCGCCAGAUGGAAGCUGGGAAGAAGAUGAAUGA